CUGUGGCCCGAGGCGUAAUCUAUUGUAUGUUUACACGUAAAGCGAGUUCAAGCUUGUCAUUUGAGGAGGUUAGAGCACGGUGGCUACAACUUCAUCGACGAAAAGUGAACUUUUACCUAUAACCCAUAAGAACAAAAGGAAAUAAGAUAACAGGAAAUAGAAAAUGCUCGUUCCGGGAUGAAGAGAACGAUGUUAACGGUACUAUUUUUAAUUAAUUCGUGAGGAUAAGACGGAGAAAAGGCUGAAUAAGAACUUUAAUGUGCGUCUUAAGUGGUCAACAGUGUCUCUCUGGAAGGAAACAAAAACAAAUGUCUGCUCGUGGACUUUCCGUAACUCUAUAAUUACUCGGUUAACGGGACGUUGCGUCACACUGGACUUUUUACUUGCGCGAAUGCCGUGAGACGUGAGCGAUGGCAUGGCAGAAUGUUAAAAUGCAUUUUGCUUUAAUACUUUACAUGUGGAUAUGUUCUCAAGCCUCUUGUGAAGUGGGUGUAAACUGCUGGUGGAAUCGAGCUCUUUCUGUCGGCGGCAAUGUGUCUCUGUUUUGCCAGACGAGUACAUGGGGAAGAGCAAGCAGUUGUGGUCUCUGCCAGCUUGUUAUCAAGCUGGGCCACAGACCGCAGUUUGCCAGCGCUUGUGCCAGUACCGACGAAACCUUCAACUUUUCUAUCGCUACAGAACAGAGAGAGAAGAUUCUCUGCACGUGCAGUGGAAACACAUCAGAUGCCUGCACCGUUAUUGUAAGAGGAGGCUAUCCACCAUCUGCCCCGUCCCGCCCUGAUUGCGCUAUUGAAGACAUGGAUAAAGAACACAUUUACUGCUCUUGGACUAAAUUCAACGAGACAAUGAUUCCAACUGUUUACACCCUUCACUGGAAAGAUUAUGAUGGAAAUGUUCAAUCGAGGGAGAGCAAUAGUGAGAGUGCACUCAUAGACCGGGAAGAGUAUAUCAAAGGCACUUACAUUACAGCAUGGGUCACUGCCAAAAAUGUGCUGGGUUCUGCACAGUCUGGAAUGUCUCAAUUCAACACAGACCAUAUCAUACGGCCAGACCCCCCAUACAACUUGAGCCUCACCUCUACACCGCUGGAGUUCAUCUGGGAGAUGGACUGUGACGAUGUGGGCCCCUUAGACAAGAGCUGUCAAGGACAGUACUCUACACACAAUAACAUGCUGAACUGGACUGAGGUGGAUGAUUGCAACUUCAUGUGUGUGUUGGUGGAUCCUCAGCCUUUCACACAGUACAAUUUUCGUGUUCGCUGCCACUGUGGAUAUGAAGAGAAAGUCAUGAGUAACUGGAGUCAGGUGUAUUCAGUCAGGACACCCCCUGCAGCACCAGUUGGACACCUGGAUGUUUGGAGUGACUGUGCCCCUAAUUCUGACAAGUCUUCCUGUAACAUCUAUUGGAAGGAGAUGCCCCUGUCUCAGGCUAGAGGAGAAAUUAUCAACUAUAUUGUAACGGUGAAGCUUAAAAAUGGCACUGAGGUCAAGCAGGUCAACAGGCAACGGAGAGACACUGGAAGUCAGCAUCCUACUGAACAGAGCUGCCUGCAGCUCAAACUCAGCCCGGGUGUUACGGAAGUUUUUGUGUCAGCCAACACCUCAAUGGGCACAUCGGACCCCGCAUUCAUGCCGUUUGCUGUGAGAGGUCAGACCACACCAAAGGUGAAUCUGAGUGUAAUAGGUGAAAACCAGACACUACGGGUUUCAUGGUCAGUACACCCACAGUUCUCUGAGAGUGUCCUGGAGUAUGUGGUACAGCACGUGCCUGUAGUAUCUCACCACCGUUGCCUGAACUGGGUCAGAGUAAACAGAGCCCAGAGAUCUGUCAAACUCACAGGUGACUUCAAGAACUACACAGCUUAUAAUGUGUCACUGUUUGCUGUCUUCAACAACCACAGCAUUUUCCUCAAGUCAGCAACUGCAUACACACUUGAAGGAGUUCCUCCUAAAGUCUCACAAAUUCAUGUGAAGAACAUCUCUUCCUCCUCUGCCACUUUGAUAUGGAGCCCCAUUCCUGUACAUGAGAGCAACGGUGUCAUCCUGCAUUACAUAGUGGGCAUCACAGAAACAGGGUCUAACAUAAGGAGUAACGGAACCAGAGUGCAGUUGUCAGAACUGCAGCCGGCCCAGCAGUAUGAGGCCUGGGUGAGAGCUGUGAGCGCUGCUGGUGAAGGCGACAGGACAAUCACCACUUUCUCCACUAAUAAGAAAGACCGUAAUGUUGCAACAAUACUGUUGGCUGUAUUCAUUCCAGUGUUCAUGCUCCUGGUACUAAUUUGGGUUUUUACAGUGGUGUGCAAAUCAGCUUGGUGUUUUAUGAAGAUCCCAGAUCCAAUAAACAGUAAAACAUUUAAGCAUAUGAACUUCCAGCACACGUUGCCACUGCUCUGUUCUCCUUCUGAAUUGUCUCUGAAGAUCUCUGAGCUGGAGAUCGUGGAGAACCCGGAUCCCGACACGCCUACUCUUCCAUCAGACACUGAAUCGGACAAGAUUUUAAUCGAUGUGGAACCCCAACAUUUUCAGGUGCCAAAUGGACUGGGCAGAACAAAUGAAGGCGGAGAAAGGCCUGAGGAAGAGCCUGAGAAAUUAAAUAGAGGAAACAUUUUAAAGCAAGACAGUUGGGAAAAGGAAUACAGCGAGAUGGUGGACACUGAUGAUGAGAAGGGUGUCGGUGAUGAUGAAGAUUGGUGGGACCGGCAAUGUGUCUCGGAUUAUGAAAGACAUUUUUUGCCUUCUGUUGAGGUGAAUUAACUAUUCAUGCCUCAAGGUGUUUCAUUUGUACUGUAGUGCCUUAAACAACAAUCCGAAAGUGAUUGUUUUACUCAAGAAUGUGUGCAUUUUAAUCAGACACUGAAGAGUAUUAAAACAAGUGCUAUUCAUUAAAUGACGCAAAUGUAUAUGUGAGAGGCCUUGCAGAACUAUGCACAGAUUUUACUUUAGUCUUCCACACUAGCUGCAGCAUUUAAAGUUGACGUAUGUUUUGUGCCACUAGCAUCAUCAAAUAGAAAUAAGGACUGAACAGGUUUCCAGAAUAUUCUGGCCUUUUGCCAUUGGUCGGAUGUUCCUGCCUCAAACUCAAGCCAUUGGUGGAGCCAAUGUUAGGUGAGAUAGGGUGCUCAGAUAAACAGCGCAAAGUUUUAAUGACUCCACAGUCACGUGGUUUACGCUUUUCAGGGAAUUCAACCUACAAAUGUCUUAUAGUUACCUCUGCACAUCAAACCUUGAAUUUUAACAUGAAAAACAUUGCACAUGUGACACAAAUGAGACGUUAAUAGACAAUUGAAUGUAAAAAGCUUCUUUUUGUACAUAAUAAAUAUUUUUUAUAUAUGAA